AUGCUUAAAUUAAGUGAACGUCUACAAUCACGUUUGUAUAACACGUGGCCACGUUACAAGAAUAUUGGUUUCAUCACGUUAUACAUUGCUACACUUUUGGGCAGUAUCAAAUAUUACAAAUCCAGAAGGACUGGAGCGAAACCGAUUAGCGAAUAA